CUCCAACAGUUAAUAUGUUCAAUAGUGUUAAAUUACACAGAAGAAGCAAAGUUUUGUGUGUCUUGAACUCUCGUCCAAGAGGUUAGCCAAACAACUGUUCAUGGCUUACAGACCUGUAGGAACUUCGCAUAGUUUAGCCCUGAAGGCAAAGCAAGUCAGAACUUUUGGGGUGGGCCGGGCACUAGAUAUAGUUCUAAAUAGCUUGUUUCAUGGAGACUGAAGGAAUGAUGAAACCUUCUAAAUGAGAAGCAAGACAGCACAGGAUAUCAAGAAUCUCCUUCUGAAGAUGAUAAUUCCCUUGGCUUUUCCCUGGCAGGUUCUUUUAUCUGUGGCCUCAUAACAGAUAGAGCAAAUAGGCACAGUGGCCUAUACUCAUCUGAUAACUCAAUCCAAUUGGAUCAAUCAUCAUCAUACCGUUCGAGUUUGAUUCAAGGAGAAGAGGAAGGAGAAGAAAUGGAGUCCCCGAGUCGGGCAGCGGGAAAGUUUCUGCAAGCAGAGACCCCCUGCAGCACCGGGAGGCUUAUCAGUGGUGGACAUGCAAGGCAGACUUCUCUUACUGAAGAAAUCACGGCGGCGCAGGCCACCGAGAGUUCAUCACAAGUUUCGGUCAACAACCGAGAUGUUCAGGGAACGUCCGCCGGCAACGAAGAGGUCGAGAGCCUGAAGCGCAUGGUGUCAGCUCUCGAAGAGCAGGCCGCCGGCAUCGAGUCGCGGUUCCACGACUACUGUGACAUGCAGGAGCAGGAGUCGACGUACCAGAAGAUGCAGAUCAUGUGCCUGGGGAUGAAGCUGGAGCUGCUGGAGUCCCAGAACCAGCGGCUUGAGGCAGGUGCCACGGAGAUCCGGGCAGCCGCUGAAGAGUUCGCCGUGACGCGCGCGAAUCUCGACGCGCUGCAGAGCAAAUUCAGGAAAGUUACCAAGAAGAGCAGGCAAGAAUUCAACGCCAUUGACGGAAGGAUCCUGGCUCUGGAUGCCCGGGAAGCAGAGGUGGCGAUGAGGUGCCAGGGAUUUGAGCAACCCAUGGAGGAGAUGAAGCAGCUGGUUUUGGAGCUACAGAAGGAGAAUGGAACAAACAGUGAGAACGCGGAGGUCGUCGUGGAGGGGAGCAUGCGGAAGAUGUCGAGCAGCAAGGACCUGCUGGAGGUGCUCCGGGACCGGUGGGCGGCGGACAUGGAGGAGCUGAUCUACCUCGGCUGGAUCACGGCGUGGCUGCAGCACGACCUCCUGGCCAGGGAUGGCGAGGGCAGGAACGCCAAGGGCACAGCGGUGAAAGGAGACGACGACAGUGACACUAUCCCGGCGGCGGAGGGGCAGCGCGAGAAGGGGGUGAAGAUGGUGGCGGCGGCCGGGCCGAGCAACGAGGUGAAGCUCUGCAAGACGUCGUCGUGCGGCGCAGCAGAGGAGUCGUGCAUGGGGCUGGCGGGCUGCACGAUAGGAAUCGGACGGCCGCGAUUGCUCCGCAAGCUCAGAGGGUGGACCAGGGGAAAAGGCCCGAGCAAGAGCAGGAGGCCGUGCGCCAUCGAAGGGCGCAGCAGUGAGUCCUAAAUUGUUCAUUGAUGCCUUUUUCUUUGAGUGAAACUAGUUCAUUGAUGCUGACUAAUUAGCUUGCGAUCACGCGAUAAUAAUGUAUUUGUCUCAAGAAAAAGUGAGAAUAAUGUAUGUUUGACCUCGGAAAAACGUGAUAAUAAUGUAUGUUUGAGCUAU